AAGCACAUACACAGAAACACAACCAGUACCUGUGCGCUCUUCGAGAACGAAGGGAAAAAGCACACACACAAGCGCUGACUAUUGGGCUCCCGUUGGGCCGUCGAGCGUGUGCGUGCGUGUGCGCCAGAGUGUGUGUUUGCGUUCGAGACGGACAGACGUCUCUUGUGGGCCUCCCAGCGCGAGUGUGCGUUUCUUGUGAUUUGGUAAAGAUGAAAAGAUAGCCGCACGGGCUGCGACGAACCGACGACGGAGCGUGUAUCACAAGCCGUAAUCUGUGCAGAACCGUGAAUUAGGCAGGCUGCGUGCGGUGUGUGUUUGUAAGGUCGGAUGUGGGCCCUACCAGUCGGCAGCAGCAAAACGUAACAGUCUAGCGAGCGCCUGGUCCAGGCAGGCGACGGAGUGUAAAAGACGUGCACAAGCAGCACACCCACAGGGCACACUGUGCCACCGGGAGUGGUAACAGCUCCCGAGAACUCGGGAACGGAACUCGAAAAAACCCAGCCACCGUCGUCAAACAGCUUUUUGCGGUCCCUGUGUGUACCGCCCGCAGUUGCGGAUAUCCGGAAAGCCCAGCUGUGUUCAUCGAGCCGUCGUGCGUGAGUUUUGCGUGAGAGUGAGCAGUGAGACGUGCGACGUUUCGUUCUAUCGUUUUGUUGUUGUUGUUGUUGGCGAAACAAAAGACGGUGCCGAGUUUCGUUGCCUCGCAACAACACCCAUCCCCGAACCUCCGGGCCCAUCCAAUCUCGACAGUCAAACAGCGAACCCGCCACCACUCAAUCUCACCGAGGCGAGCGAAGGCGAAAAUAUUUGCACUUGAUCUGACCUGAUCAGUCUUGUUCGUCGUAUUUGUGUCCGUGUGUGUGUGUGUGUGUAUGUGAUAUUGUGAUUCGAGUGCGAACUGCGUAAGUGUCAGUGAGUCAGAGUUCACACAAUGGUUCAUCGUUUUUAGAGGGAAAGAAAAAAAAACACCGCACUCUGCCGUUGUGUGUGUGUGCGUCUGUGCUGUGAUUUUCUGUGCGUGAACGACGAUCGAAAAGCCCAGUGUCCCCCAGUGAGUGUGUGUGUGUGUGGGUGUGUGGGAGUGUAACACUAAUUAAACCCACCAGCAAAGCAAUUCUGCUCGUGCAAGAGUGAGAUAGACAAAGCGUGUGUGUGAGAGUGAAGGUAAAAAAAAAAGUCAUUUGGUGAAGCAGCGAAGUUCCGCGAAGCGAGCUCCCGGCACCGCAAACAAACGUUUGACAGCGCGUGAGCGUGAGCAGUGGCAGCUAGUGAGCGCGCGCCGCCCGCCUCGUGAGCGAGCGGAAACGUCAGUCGGUCAUUCUCACCGUCGUCGUCGUCGUCGUCGUCGUCGAAGCGAGCAGCACAGGCAGCACAGGGUCGUGUUAAAAUCUGUGUCCCCGUGUGUGUGUGCGUGUGAUUGUUAUACUACGGGAGCACAGAGCGUGCAGGCGACCCGGGGCGCGAGGGCGGCGGUUUUGACCGUCAAAUAAGAGCGAACACACACACACACACAACAGGCGCGUCCAGUUGCGGCGCGGUUACGCGAGCGAACGGUCGUUUGAAUGAACCGGCGGCAAUGGGAAUAAAGGCGAGCACCGCGAAUGGAGGACAGCAGAGUCCCCGGGCACGCACCUUCUCGACCAGCAGCAGCAGCGAUGUGGUGUCCGGCACCGCAGGCGCACCGUACGAAAUAUCGUCCGCUAAUCCCGAUCCCGAUAGUAGCUCGGCGGAAGAAAAUGCCGCGGCUAGUGCUCCGCUUGCUUUGGGAAGAGUGUACGCAACAUCACUACCUACUCAUAUCUGGUCAAUCAAUGGUAUAAAAUGUCCAGUAUGUAGCAAAUUUGUGACGCCUGACGACAUCGAGUGUCAUUUAGUAAUGUGCCUAACGAAGCCUCGCCUAUCAUAUAAUGAGGACUGUUUAACCGACGCAAAGGGCGAGUGUGUCAUUUGCUUAGAGGAUCUAUCUCCUGGUGAUAUCAUUGCUAGACUUCCGUGCUUAUGCAUCUACCAUAAAGUAUGCAUCGACAAAUGGUUUGAAGUGAAUCGUAGCUGCCCGGAACAUCCGGGCGAUUAGUGGAAUUCCAAUUUGUAACGAAAAACAAACACAACAACAUCAGCCGCAGCAGCAGCAGCAGCAGUAGUAAUGAAUUUGCAAGAAACGAAACUUUAAACUGCAAGAAGCCGUACUACACCCCCACGCCCCCUUCCCGGCCGGCCACCGAACAUCAUUUUUUUAUUUUUAGGGAAGGGGAGGAGACACAGAGAGAGAGAGAUCGAAUGAAAGAGGGAAAGAGCUCGAUUGUAUGUGUGUGCAUGCGCCCCUGAAAGGACAUUAAACGGAGGACGAGCGGAAUGAUGGAGUUAGUACGACGGUACGACGCCUCCCGGCAGCAGCAGCACGAGCGAGCAUGGUGACGCAGGGUGCCGCAGCAUGCCGACGGUGGAGUGGAGCGGCAACUACCAGCACGUAACACUGGGGACGUUCAAUGCUGUUGAUGGUGUUUUGUGUUGUUGUUAACGUUUGUAAUUGAAACCCGUUUGUUAUUUGCGCAGAGCGUCCACAAGGUAGGAGAAGGGGGGGGGGGGGGUUGGGAGGUGAAGAGAAGAACGUCCCGUCCGAGACGGGAUGGGAGGAGGCAGGGUUUCUUUUUCGGUUCCGACUGUUCCCAGUUAAAAUUUUUAUCGCCUCGGCCUCGGCUUUGACUAUUUUCCAUUUUGCGUACGCAACAACAACAACAACAAAAAAACAAAAUACACAUACACAAUUACACCUUACCGUUUCUUACGUAGCCCGAUCGGUUUUGCUUUACUUUACUGUUGCACACCGAGCACGCUUACAGCCCAUACAAAACCCAUUUGCUCAACGCCCAGCGGACGAAAAGUGCUGCAAAAUUGGACAUUAGAAUUCGCUUCUUUGCUUUGUUCUGGGGGUUUUUUUUAUUACUAUUUUAUUUUAUCAUUCCCCUCGGUUAAUACGCGCGUCAAAUUCAGUACGACAGUACUAAGGAGGCAAUUUAAAUUAGCUUUUUGUGUAAUUUACCACCUUAUCGGUUUAGAGCGACGCUGACAAAAUCGUUUCUUAAAGCUCUAGAGGCCAGCGGGCGGUGUGCAGUACACCCAGUAACCAGGAUCUCUUCUUGUUCUGUGCAAGGCAAACUAAAAACUAAACGAAGUGAAACAAAAAAAAAAAAACAUUCGUAAAUAGAGGUGGAAACAUUCUUUUUUUGGCGUUGGUGUGCCCCUCUCUCUGGCCCCACAGAGCACGCUCGUUUAGCCGGGCCCAGGGUAGGAAAGCGCAAAUAGGUGGCGCCCGCAAAAAGAAAACGAACAAAAAAAAAACAAAAAAACACAAAAACAAAUGCAGCAAAAAUGCAACACCCAACUAGCUAGUGACAUAUGUCAAAAGAAAAAAAAAAACGAGAAGAGAAAGGAAGAGAAACAAUUAAAACCCAUUAAAAUAUAGCUCUUGUACAUAAAGGCUCUAAUUAGUGUACAGCAGGACGGAUGAUGGGAUGGCCUGAACCGGACACAGACACACACACAUACACACACACACAGGCAGCGGUGUAAGGAAGAAACAGUGUGCCCAGAGUGGGUGUGCAAGGGGUACCGUUCGCCCCCGGUUGCCGAGAGGCAAACAAAAAAGAGAAGACAAAAAAACACAAGAACAGGCGCGGCAAGCAAUUUUUGGCACACCUUCAGAAGUAGUACGCGCAAAAAUUGGAGCAAACGUG